AUGACUGGUUCAGGUUCUCCUUGUGGAGCUUGCAAAUUCCUGAGAAGGAAAUGUGUUAGAGGAUGUGUUUUUGCUCCUUAUUUCUGCCAUGAACAGGGAGCUACCCAUUUCUCCGCCAUUCAUAAGGUUUUCGGUGCAAGUAAUGUAUCGAAGCUCCUUGCUCACCUCCCGGUGAGUGAUCGUUGUGAAGCGGCUGUCACAAUCUCGUAUGAAGCACAGGCUAGGCUUCAAGAUCCUAUUUAUGGCUGUGUUUCACAUAUUUUUGCUCUUCAGCAGCAGGUUGUAAAUCUACAAACUCAACUAGCAUCUCUUAAGGAAUUACAAGCAGCUCAAAACUUUCCCGACGGUUCUGUCAAUGCAAACCCUAAUGAAAAGUGCAACGGAAGACCUUCUCACCCACAAGAUGUCCAAAGUUGGUUUCAGUCAGAAAUUACCAAUUACAUGAUGCCACAAUUCAGUACAAACAUUAUCUCCAAUAAUGCCUCAACAAUUCCAUACGACGAGAAUGUGUUCAUGGAGAACUCUUUUGGGAACUACGGAAGUUCAGUCAACCCUGAGGAAAAUGCCUCAAAUGCUUGCUAUGAAGAGGCUUCGCAUUCCAUGUCUUCUCUUGACUUGCACAAGAACAACAUACAAUGGACUCUCCAAAACGCUGAUCAUGACCUUGAUCAGUCAGUUGCGUUUGGCUAUAUGUAGCAAUAUUCCUGAAGAGAGUACGGGCCUUAGCACAAGAGAUGAUCAACGGGUGAUCAAGACUAUUUGUCAAUUCUGAAUUGCUGCAGCAUGCAUAGCUUGAAACAUGCACUUUUGUUGCCAUAAAUAAGCUAGAAACCCUAGAAAUGUUUAUACAAUUGGGAACCCUAAA